CCCGACGAGCUCAGUUCCGGGUUGGUACCAAAUCGAACAACGAAAUCUGGAAAGUAAACGUGGAAACUCAAAUCAGGAGAAACCACGAGUUUUUUUGGGCAGUGCCAUGCCGAAGGAAGGAACUUUUGUUAAUCUCUUAGGGAUUUACAUAUAAAUCAUGGUAGGAGCUUAGAGCCAUUAAUGAAGUUCAAAGUUUAAAGAAGAAGUAUUAUCUAGUUAUCUGUAUGGGGAAGAUAAGAGGGUUUUGUUGCUUUGGGUUUUGGAAGAGGAAGAAGGGAAGUGAUGAUGAUCAUGAGAGGGAGGAGGACGACGACAACGGGCACGAUGUCGCGAAUCAGUACAAAGUCCGACCAACCGACGAACGCGACGGGUACGACUAUUAUUGCAUGGCUGACGACCCCGAAAUCGACAUCAAAGCCACCGCUUUCCUCAACAUCAAGAAACAGCAGCUCCGAAACAACGGCUCCUCCAAAACCGACGACGUCUCCAAAUAACGCACUUAUUUUCUCACAAACUAAACCAGUAUUCAUCUUGGUCCCUUUCUGUGCAUCCGUGAGUUAAUUUGGUCCAUGUAUAUUGUAUUGAGUCAAAUUAGUCUAUGUAGUUGAAAAUAUAAAUAAAAGUUAUUCCUUGUG